CCUCGGCCGGCGCCGGCGUCCGCCCCUCCCUGCAGCCCGCCCCCCUGGGGCUGGGUGCGCAGCGGCGAACUGCGGUUUGCGCGCACGGGGAGCGGCAGCAGAAGUUCGAAAAUCGCCAAGGGGGGAGCCCGCGCCGCAGCUUCCUGCCCCCAGCCCAGCCCUCUGGCCCAGGCCGCCUGCAGCCUGACUUCCUCCCUCCUCCCUGAGCUCGCCGCUAGCUCCUCGGACGGGGCCGCCCCGAUGGGACGCCGCGCCCCGGUCCCUGCGCGCCGCUGAGCAGUGCGCCACCGAGCCCAGUCCCGCCGCCUGCCUCCAGCCGCUCCGCCUCGCUCCCGGGGUCGCGAGCCUGGUCCUCGAUCCCCCCCGGGAAAGCUGGAUCUCCGAGGCUGGAGGCGCCUGGCCGGCUGGGUGGGAACUACCAUGGGUAACGCGGCCGGCAGCGCCGAGCAGCCCGCGGGCCCCACCGCGUCGCCCCCGAAGCAGCCCGCCACUCCCAAGCAGCCGAUGCCCGCGGCCGGGGAACUGGAGGAGAGAUUCACCCGGGUCCUGAACUGCAUGAACUUGCCCCCAGACAAGGUCCAGCUGCUCAGCCAGUAUGACAACGAGAAGAAGUGGGAGCUCAUCUGUGACCAGGAGCGGUUUCAAGUCAAGAACCCACCUGCAGCCUACAUCCAGAAGCUGAAGAGCUACCUGGAUACCGGUGGGGUCAGCCGAAAGGUAGCAGCUGAUUGGAUGUCCAACCUGGGGUUUAAGAGGCGAGUUCAGGAGUCUACACAGGUGCUACGGGAGCUGGAGACCUCCCUGAGGACAAACCACAUUGGGUGGGUGCAGGAGUUCCUCAAUGAGGAGAACCGUGGCCUGGAUGUGCUCCUCGAGUACCUGGCUUUUGCCCAGUGCUCUGUCACGUAUGACAUGGAAAGUACAGACAAUGGGGCCUCCAGUUCAGAGAAAAGCAAGCCCCUGGAGCAGUCGGUGGAAGACCUCAGCAAGGGACCACCCUCAUCUGUGCCCAAAAGUCGCCUGACCAUCAAGUGCCCCCCUUCUCCCCGGCUCACCCCUGCCCAUAGCAGGAAGGCCCUGAGGAAUUCCCGCAUCGUCAGCCAGAAGGACGAUGUCCAUGUGUGCAUCAUGUGUCUGCGAGCCAUCAUGAACUACCAGUCUGGCUUCAGCCUCGUUAUGAACCACCCAGCCUGUGUCAAUGAGAUUGCUCUGAGCCUUAACAACAAGAACCCCAGAACCAAGGCUCUGGUGCUGGAGCUGCUGGCAGCUGUGUGCCUGGUGCGGGGAGGACACGACAUCAUCCUUGCAGCUUUUGACAACUUCAAGGAGGUGUGCGGAGAGCAACACCGCUUUGAAAAGCUCAUGGAAUAUUUCCGGAAUGAGGACAGCAACAUUGACUUCAUGGUGGCUUGCAUGCAAUUCAUCAACAUUGUGGUUCACUCGGUGGAGAACAUGAACUUCCGUGUCUUCUUGCAAUAUGAGUUCACGCACUUGGGUCUGGAUCUAUACUUAGAGAGGCUCCGGCUCACCGAGAGUGACAAGCUGCAGGUGCAGAUCCAGGCAUACCUGGACAAUGUUUUUGAUGUGGGAACACUGCUGGAGGACACGGAGACCAAGAAUGCAGUGUUGGAGCACAUGGAGGAGCUACAGGAGCAGGUGGCACUGCUGACAGAGCGGCUUCGGGACGCGGAGAACGAAUCCAUGGCCAAGAUCGCUGAACUGGAGAAGCAACUAAGUCAGGCCCGCAAGGAACUGGAGACCCUUAGGGAGCGCUACAGCGAGUCGACCUCCAUGGGCACCUCCAGACACACCCCUGAGCCUGAGAAAGUGCCUGCCCCCACCCCGGUACGACCUUCUGCUCUAGAGCUGAAAGUGGAGGAGCUGGAGGAGAAGGGGUUAAUCCGCAUCCUGCGGGGACCGGGAGAUGUGGUCUCCAUCGAGAUCCUCCCAGGCGCCAUGGCGACACCCAGCGGCGAUGCUCCCACUCCGAAGGUGCCCACUGGCUCCCCUAGCCCAGAUCUCCCACCUGCAGCAGAAUCAGUUCCUGGAGCUGCAUCACCUCUACCACAGCCGCCGCCGCCGCCCCCGCUACCCAGCCUCGCGUCCCAUCAGGAAGCCCCUCCUUCGGCGCCCCCGCUGGCCCCACCCCUCCCAGGCAGCCCUGAGCCUCCACCCGUACCACCAUUGCCCGAAGACCUGCCGCCACCCCCACCUCCGCCGCCCCCACUUGGUACUGAUGGGCCUGUGCCACCGCCACCCCCACCACCUCCGGGAGGUGCCCCUGAUACCGUUGGAGGACUCGGCCAAGAGAUGGGCCCAGGAGUGAAGGCCAAGAAACCCAUCCAGACCAAGUUCCGGAUGCCACUCCUGAACUGGGUGGCUCUGAAACCCAGCCAGAUUACAGGCACUGUCUUCACAGAGCUCAAUGAUGAGAAGGUGCUUCAGGAACUAGACAUGAAUGACUUUGAGGAACAUUUCAAGACCAAGUCACAAGGUCCCAGUCUGGACCUCAGUGCUCUCAAGGGCAAGGCAGCCCAGAAGGCUCCCACCAAGGCAACACUCAUUGAGGCCAACAGGGCCAAGAACUUGGCCAUCACCUUGCGCAAGGGCAACCUAGGGGCAGACCGCAUCUGCCAGGCCAUUGAGACGUACGACCUACAGACUCUCAGCCUGGAUUUCUUGGAGCUGUUGACCCGCUUCCUGCCCACAGAAUAUGAACGCAGCCUCAUUGCCCGAUUUGAGCAGGAACAGAGACUGAUAGAGGAGCUGUCAGAGGAGGACCGCUUCAUGUUGCGCUUCAGCCGUAUCCAGAGACUGCCAGAGCGCAUGAACACUCUCAUCUUCCUGGGCAACUUUUCUGACACAGCGCAGCUACUCAUGCCGCAACUGAAUGCCAUCAUUGCAGCCUCAAUGUCCAUCAAGUCCUCUGACAAACUGCGCCAGAUCCUGGAGAUUGUUCUGGCUUUUGGCAACUACAUGAACAGUAGCAAGCGUGGGGCAGCCUAUGGUUUCCGACUUCAGAGUCUAGAUGCGUUGUUGGAGAUGAAGUCAACUGAUCGAAAACAGACACUGCUGCACUACCUAGUGAAGGUCAUUGCUGAGAAGUACCCGCAGCUCACAGGCUUCCACAGCGACCUGCACUUCCUGGACAAGGCAGGCUCAGUGUCCCUGGACAGUGUCCUGGGGGAUGUGCGCUCCCUGCAGCGAGGCCUGGAGUUGACACAGCGGGAGUUUGUAAGGCAGGAUGACUGCAUGGUGCUCAAGGAGUUCCUGAAGACUAAUUCGCCCACCAUGGACAAACUGCUGGCAGACAGCAAAACAGCUCAGGAGGCCUAUGAAUCUGUGGUGGAGUACUUUGGAGAAAAUCCCAAGACCACAUCCCCCUCCAUGUUUUUUUCCCUCUUCAGCCGAUUCACAAAGGCCUAUAAGAAAGCUGAACAAGAUGUGGAACAGUGGAAGAAGGAAGCAGCUGCCCAGGAAGUGGGUGCUGACACCCCAGGCAGGGGAGAGCCCCCAACACCCAAGUCUCCUUCCAAGGCCAGGCAACAACAGAUGGACCUCAUCUCUGAGCUGAAACGGAAGCAGCAGAAAGAGCCACUCAUCUAUGAGAGUGACAGAGAUGGAGCCAUUGAAGACAUCAUCACAGUGCUCAAGACUGUACCCUUCACGGCCCGUACCGGCAAGCGAACAUCCCGGCUCCUCUGUGAGGCCAGCCUGGGAGAGGAGAUGCCCCUCUAGCUCCCAGAUCUUCGGAACCAGCCCUACAUCCGCUCAGACACAGGUCGCCGCAGUGCUCGCCGGAGACCCCCAGUUCCCACUCUGCAGGCCACCGCUGACCUUUCGCUCUAGUUGCUAUUUCUGCAGGUGGCUUCUGUAGGGAGUUGGGCUAUGGGCAGGCUGGGGCUCAAGGAAGGUGUUUCUUAGCUCGACUGGGUCCGGCAGCCCCUCCUCCUGUCAACCACCACUUUGAGGAGGCCUCAUCUCCCCAAAAGCUGCUUGCAGCAUCCGGUCCCCCUAAUAGCCAUACUUAGCCCGAGCAGGAGCCUGGCCUGUAACUUAUAAAGUGCACCUCGCCCCCUUAGCCCGGAGGACUCUCCUUGGACCUUAUUUUUAUACAAGAUUAAUAAAGAUGUUUG